GGGAAGGACAUAGAGCAGCGUAUUCUGUGUGCCAUGGCGAGACAUAUAGCUGCCUUUCUUGUGACGUUCGCUGGCAUAACGUAUGGCAUCCUAGCUAUUGCUUUUGCCGAAGAAGCAAAAGCAGCAGUGAGCCCUGUUUCAGGAAGGGCUGGCAAUGAAGAAGCUAGGAUUGGCGGACGUCAGCUUGAUUCAUUAGCUGGGCAAACGUUCGGCAGGGAAGACGCUCGUCAGCUUGACUCAUUAGCUGGACAAACUUUCGGCAGGGAAUAUGGACGUCAGCUUGACUCAUUAGCUGGACAAACCUUCGGCCGAGAAGAUGGCCGUCAGCUUGACACACUAUCUGGACAAACCUUUGGCAGAGAAUAUGGCCGUCAGCUUGAUACAUUAGCUGGACAAACCUUUGGUAGGGAAUAUGGCCGUCAGCUCGACUCAUUAGCUGGACAAACUUUCGGCAGAGAAUAUGGCCGUCAGCUUGACUCAUUAGCUGGACAAACCUUUGGCCGAGAAGAUGCUCGUCAACUUGACUCUUUAGCUGGACAAACUUUCGGCAGAGAAUAUGGCCGUCAGCUUGACUAGUUGGCUGGACAAACCUUCGGCAGAGAAGAUGCUCGACAGCUGUACUCGUUAGCUGGGCAAGCCUUCGGCAAAAAAGAUGACCGUCAGCUUGACUCGUUGGCUGGACAAACGUUUGGUUGAAUUGAUGGCUUACAGUUAAACAUGUUGAGUAGACGAACGUUUGGCUACAUCUCAAGUGAUAGACCAAACCAAAUGUGCAAUGCUACGAUGAAUUCUUUCGCUUAACACUCACUGUUUUGUUAUUGCUUCUGAAAUCAUUAAUAAAGAAUAUUUCUUCGGUAU